CCGCGCGCCCCGCGCUGCCCGUGGCCGGAGCGCAGCGCCGCGUCGUCCGGACACUGGCCGGCGGCCCGGGCGGGCCGAGCGCGCGCUGUGGCGCAGCAGCCCGUUUGGCCGGAGGCCCCGCGCGCUAUUCGCGGGCGCUGACGCGCGCCGAGGCGGCCCGUUUCUAUUCCGGGGGCCGCGGUCAGCGCGCUCGGCCGGGCCGCGCCUAUUAAGGGCCGCGCGGCGGCGGCCGGGGCCAUGCAGCUCUACAGCAGCGUCUGCACCCACUUCCCCGCCGGCGGACCGGGCCCCACGGCCGCCGCGCCCGCCGCGCCCGCCGCCGCCGCCGCCGCCGCCUUCAAGGUCUCCCUGCAGCCGCCCGCGCCGCCGGCCAGCGCCGCGCCGGAGCCCGAGACCGGGGAGGACCCGCCCGCCGCGCCCCGGGAAGCCGCCGCCGCCGCCGCCGCGAUGCCCGCCUUCUCCUCCUGCUUCGAGGUGGCCGCCGCCGCCGGCCCGGCCGCCGGCCCUCCCGGCGCGUCCUGCAAGCCGCCGCGGCCGCCGCACUACACGUCCACGGCGCAGAUCACCGUGCGCGCCCUGGGCGCGGACCGCCUGCUGCUGCACGGCCCCGAGCCGGCCCCAGCCCCGGCCCCGGCCCCGGCCCCGGCCGCCCCGCGCGCCCGCUGCCUGCUGCCCGCCGCGCCGCGCCGCGCCGCCCCGGCCUGGCUGCUGGAGCCCGACGGCGCGGACAGGGACUUCCGACGGAGCGAGCACCAGCAGGCCCUGGCCGCCGGGCAGCGGGGGCCCGCGCCGCCCGCCAGCCCCGAGGAGCCCCGCGCAGCCCCCGGGCGCAGCCCCCGCGGCGACCUCGCGGGGCCUGCCGAGCCCGCCCCGGCCGAGGAGGAGCCGGCGGCGGCGGUGGUGGCGGCCGGGCGGGCCGAGCCCCGCGACGAGAAGCUGGCCCUGUACCUGGCCGAGGUGGACAGGCAGGACAAGUACCUGCGGCAGCGCGACCAGUUCCGCUUCCACAUCAUCCCCGACGGCAACUGCCUGUACCGGGCCGUGAGCAAGGCGGUGUACGGCGACCAGGCCCUGCACCGCGAGCUGCGCGAGCAGACCGUGCACUACAUCGCCGACCACCUGGACCACUUCGGGCCGCUCAUCGAGGGCGACGUGGGCGAGUUCCUCGUGGCCGCCGCGCAGGACGGCGCCUGGGCCGGCUACCCCGAGCUGCUGGCCAUGGGCCGCAUGCUGAACCUCAACAUCCACCUGACGACGGGGGGCCGCUGGGAGAGCCCCACCGUGUCCACCAUGGUCCACUACCUGGGGCCCGAGGACGCCCUGAGGCCCAGCAUCUGGCUCAGCUGGCUCAGCAACGGCCACUACGACGCGGUGUUCGACCGCUGCUACCCCAACCCGGAGUACGAGCGCUGGUGCCGGCAGACGCAGGCGCAGCGGCAGCGCGACGAGGAGCUGGCCAGGUCCAUGGCCGUGUCCCUGUCCAAGAUGUACAUCCAGCAGAACGCGUGCUCGUGAGCCCCCCUCCCCCGGGGGCGGGGCGGGGGCGGCGGCGGGAGCGCUGACCGGGGUCGCGCCCUGGGCGGUGUCCCCGUAGACGCCCUGCGGCGCGUGCUGCCUUAAGUCUUGUCUCGCGUCCCUCUUCCCUGGCUUGCUCUCCGAGCCGCCGGCUGCUGGGCACCUGCGCGAUUCCGGAGAGCUCUGGGCGCCCCCGCUGCCUCCUCCUGGCCUGCUGAUGCCUCGCCGCGUGGAUCUGGUCCCUUCCCGGCACUCUAUUUUAUAUAUUAAAAAAGAAGAAGAAGAAAUAAUGUAUUUUUGCACAACCUUUUUAGAGACUGGCGGCCCGCCCUCGCGGGAUGCGACGGGCGGCUUUCGGAAACUGCUUUCCACGACCUUGCUCUCUGGGACAGGCAUCCGUGGCGGGUGGGCCUUCUGUCGUGGACGUGGGAGUCUCGCCGUCCUCUCUGAUUCCGCGUGGACGCGGAUGCGUGCGUGUAUCCGGAUGCUCCACCCAUUCCGUGUUGACAGAGUUGUUGUUACGGAAAUCAUUAUUUUUCUAGAGAUGGUCGAUUUUUUUUUUUUUUUAAGAACCCAAGGGAAGGUGUGGGAAGAUUCUGUUUGUUUUCCUUCAGAGGCAGUGCCAGGUCUUACUUGAAUUAAAGUCUUGAUUUCUGCUGUGGGCGGAGUGCCCGUGAUGGCUGCUCUCGGGUGUGUGCAGUGGGUGUCUGCCCUCGUUGCUUUAUCUCCAACUGUCACUUUGUUACACGAGGAUUUCCACUCCAGUCUGUGACCAGAUAAACCUCCUGCUUCCUGGCUUCUUGGAUUCAGCUAAAGAGAUCUGGAAACCAACGUAAACGCCUGGAGCCAGCCCUGGCAGGAAUUUGACGGCAGGAAAAUACUGUCUUAAUAUUGUGUUCAAAAGGCAAAAUAGGAGUCCCCUGUGUUCUGUCAAGAUGUCUGUGAACAGAGCUUGUGUGGUUUGCUGGGUCAAACGAUGUUUCCAACCUACACUCUAUCUCAUUGCCACUUUACCUAUUUUUAGUCCUAUUUAUUAAGUAAUGCAGUUUGUACUUUUUUAUUUUGUAACAUUUUGUGAUUUUUUUGUACAAUACUGUAUUUGAGCAAUUCUCAGCUGAUGGAAUGAAUAAAAUGGCAUAAUUUUACUUUUA